UGGAUGAGCCAAUCGGCGGCGGGGGGCGUGGCCUGGUAGUAGGCGUUCGCAGGAGAUCGAGGCCGCAGACACGUACGGAGCGGAGCGCGGCGGUGACGGAGGCGACAGCUGUUGCAGUUCCCCGAAGCGAAGGCUGCAUCCCACCCACCUGCCAGCGCCAUGGACGUGUUCAACCGGAACAUUGACUUCAACGCACUCUUCAAGUUUUCCCACAUCUCUGCCUCCACCCAGCAGCACCUGAAGAGGGUCUAUGCCAGCUUUGCUCUCUGCAUGUUUGUGGCAGCAACUGGAGCCUACAUCAAUGUGGUGACCCAUCUGCUCCGGUUCGGCCUGCUCUCGGGCCUGGGCUCCCUGGGACUGCUCAUCUGGCUGAUGGCCACGCCCCACAGCAGGGAGACAGAGCAGAAGAGGCUGGGGAUUCUGGCUGGCUUUGCCUUUCUGACUGGAGCCAACCUAGGUCCUCUCCUGGAAAUGUGCAUCACCAUCAACCCCAGCAUCAUCCCCACGGCCUUCCUGGGCACCGCCGUGAUCUUCAGCUGCUUCUCACUGAGUGCCCUCUAUGCCAGGCGCCGCAGCUUCCUGUACCUGGGAGGUUUCCUGCUGUCUGGCCUCUCCCUGAUGCUGCUCUUCUCCUUGAUCAACAUCUUUGUGGGGUCCACUUGGCUCUUCACGGCUAACCUGUACCUCGGGCUGAUGGUCAUGUGUGGGUUCGUCCUCUUCGACACGCAGCUCAUCAUUGAGAAGGCGGAGAGCGGGGACAAGGAUUACAUCUGGCACUGCGUGGAUCUCUUCCUGGAUUUCAUCAACAUCUUUCGGGAGCUCAUGAUCCUGCUGGGUAUGAACGAGAACAAGAAGAAGAAGGAGAAGUGAAGCGACGCCAGGUGCCGGAGCCCCCAUCCCCCCCAUCUCCCGCCUCCUGACACAUUAAACGGGCUGCACUUUGCCAGCCACAGGCAGCCACUCGCUUUCCUAUUUUGUGGGUUGUUUUCUCUUGUUUGAGCUUUUUUUGAUUAGAAACCAGCUGAUUAGCAGCUCCUCCUCCUGGAGUUUGGUUCCCCCUUCCUGCCCCCCAGCUUGCUCCUUGGGAGGCCUGGGCCAGCCACAUGCAGCUUCCCCCCACCCACCCUGCAGCUCCUGCCCCUGCCCCACCCAGCUCCACUGGCUGAAUCUUUCCAAGGGUUGGGUCCUUCAAAGGCUUCUCUCCCCUAGUAGUGAGAGCGGGGCCAGGGGCCUGGCCAUACAGGGCUGUGCCUAGAGCCGCCACCCCCAGAUCCUAAGGGCCCAGACACCUCCAUCUUGCAGCAGCCCUGCCCACCCCGGCCUUUCAUUGAGCCGCAGCCAGGGCCAGAGCGUCUGGCCGGGUUCGCUCUGGUUCUUCCAGCAGUGGGCCUGUUCCCAGGAGCUGCACGCCCGGCAAUGUCUGGAUCCACCGUGGACUCGGCUCUUAGAACCACUUCGGUUCCAACUCCAGGGGAUGGGGGCUUUGGCUGGCCCUACCAGGGGCCUCUUUGCAUAAGGAAUCCCCCUGGCUGUCCCUAUCCCAGCAGAGAGAUUAGUCACCUCCCCCGUGUGGGACCAGCCAGGCAGCAGGCCGAGGAGCUCCCUGGCUAGUCUCUGUCAGUAACACGGCCCGGCCUGCUCCACGGGGCUGUCAUGUAACAUCCCCUGGCUCGUGCUGGAGCUGACCCCACAGCGCCCUGGCCUCCAGCACCCCGCUCUGCAAUGGACAGUCUCCCCUCACCCCGUCACGAGGCUGCUGAGUCAUCCCCCAGCCAGGCGCCCUCUCCCCAGCUGGGAACCCCGGAUGUUUUUCUGAAGCUCCAUGUUUCUCCUUUUCCCCUCCCCUGAGGCCAAACUCCACCUCUGCUUGCUCGGGAUAAAGGAGUCGCGCGCACUUGCUCGCUCGCUCUAGAACCAGUGCCAAGAAUCACAAUGUAAGAAAUAAUCUACUUUUAAAGAGACGUCUAACAGGUUUUAAUACCGUAAAAAGUGUAAUUAUCUUUCUCUUGUUUCAUCAGUUGACAGCCCUGGCUGCGUUAUCUAACUCAUACUGUGAAGAUAAAGGUGUUUUGAUUCAGAAAUAUGAAAUCUCCAUAGUCUUACUUUGUACAAAAAAAUAAAUAAAAAUCCUCAAACUUUAACCUUUA